AAUAUUCAAUAAGCGAAGAAAUAAACAUAUUACUCCUUUUUCUUAAAAAAGGAACAAAAAAAAAAAAAGAAGAAAAAAUGGCAGGAAAAAGAAUCAAGGGCAGUGAAGUUUAUGUUGCAGCAAUAUGUGUAAGUAUUCUCCUCUUUGCUCCAAUUAUUGUGUCACAACCAAUUCCGGCGGAUAAAUCCCAAAUAAAUGCUUGGUUUAAUGGAAUUAUCAAGUCCGUAAAAGAAAGAGGUAACACCUUAGACCCUGAAUUGGUUGAGGCUGAAACGAAACCUAGGAUCAUAAAGGUGAUGCAGGGUGGGGGUGGAGAAUUCGAUACCAUAACCAAAGCCAUAGAGAGCGUUCCAUCAGGGAACACCAAACGUGUGAUUGUAUCCAUCGGACCUGGAUCUUACAAAGAGAAAAUCAGAAUUGAAAGAAAUAAGCCUUUCAUUACAUUGUUAGGAGAUCCCAAAAAAAUGCCAAAUUUGACAUUUGACGGCACUGCCAAGCAGUUUGGAACUGUAGAUAGUGCCACUCUUAUUACCGAGUGUAGUUACUUUGUGGGUGCUAAUCUUAAUAUAUUGGUAAGUUAA